AACCCAACUAGUCGGUAAGUAAAACCUAGAUUAUGGGCCCUAACAAUUGACCGCCGCCGGCACAUCAAACACGCGACAACAACUCAAAACCAGAUCAACACAAAUAUAUGCAAACUUUUUCUUUUCUAAUCAAGUUGUAUAUAACCAAAAACACUCUCUCUCUCGAUCAUCGUCUACAUCAAAUUCACUUUAAUCCAAGACUAAUAUUGCUGCGAGAUUAAUACUUUUUUUGCGAAUAGCGAUGAAACAUAUUGUGAAGAUUAUGGCAAUUUUGUUGGCUGUAACCGCCGUUUGGAUUAGUUUAUUGCAGAAUGCAGUGAUUCCACGGAGUCAUACUUGGUUGUUGCCAUUGUACUUCAUUGUGUCCUUAGGAUGCUAUGGCCUUUUGAUGGUUGGAGUUGGUUUGAUGCAGUUUCCGACUUGUCCUCACGAAGCAGUUUUGUUACAGCAGGAUGUAAUUGAGGCGAAGGAAUUUUUGAAGCAUAAGGGGGUGGACGUGGGUUCAGAUUGACGUAAAAGGAACAGUACCCUUUUUUUCACCUUUGUUAAAAUCUGAUUCUUGAUGGGCCGGAGAUUACCCAUAAGAUCUUACAGUAUGAUUUUAUGAACUUCACAUACUAACGGCGGUAGUUUUCUUGUUACCUGUAAGUGUUUCGUAUAGAGCCAUGGUCGACUUCUUGUUACGUUGUAUUCCUAAUUGUUUGCCGUUUGGCUCAUUGCUACAUUAUGGAUUGAGUGAUACUAAAAAGUGUGUACUCUGUAUAAAAACUGAUUCAUCUGUUACUCAAUUGUUACUUGUUCUAUGUUCCGGUA